AUGGCGCAAGCGCAUCUAGAUGAAGAAGUGGUGUACUACUACUACCUCUAUUACACCGUUGUCUUGGCCACCAUCCUCGUAGUGGUAGCUCGUUUCCUUGUCGUCAAGCUGAGGCAGCGCAAUUCCGGUGAGAACCCACCACCGGGGCCAUGGCAGCUGCCUGUGAUCGGCAGCCUCCACCACCUCUUCGGGGCCCUCCCACACCACGCCAUGCGGGACCUCGCCCCCCAGCACGGCCCUCUUAUGCUGCUUCGCCUGGGUGAGCUCCGCCUUGUAGUGGCCUCGUCGGCCACCGCGGCGAGGGAGGUGAAGAAGACCCACGAUGCCGCCUUCGCCAAGCGCCCCCGGACGACAACAAUCAACGCCAUCACAAGGAACGGCGUCGGCAUCGUGUAUGCGCCGCAGGACGAGCAGUGGCGCCAGGUUCGUAAGCUGUGCGUGAACGAGCUGCUCAGCCCGCGGCAGGUCCGGUCCCUCCAGGCCACCCGCGAGGCUGAGGCCGCGAGGCUGGUGGCGGCACUGGCGUCGGCAGUCGGAGCCGAGCCGGUGAACUUUAGCUCCCACAUCUUGACCUACGUCAAUGACGUGGUGGUGCGCGCUGUGGUGGGCGACCGGAUGACGGACCGGGACGCGUUCCUGGAGUGCCUGGACGAAGGCAUCAAGGUGGCCACUGGGUUCACCCUCGCCGACUUGUUCCCGUCGUCGCGGCUCGCGCGUGCAUUCAGCCGCACGUCGCGCCGGGUGGAGGCAGUGGUAAGCGAUAUGAAGCGUAUCAUGGACGGGGUCAUCGACGAGCACCUCGCGAGGAGGUCAAGCAAGGAAGAAGAAGAAGACCUCCUGGAUGUGCUGCUGAGGAUCCAGACAGACGGCGGCCUCCAGGUGCCUCUCGAGGCAGGAACCAUCCGUGCCAUGAUCACUGAUCUCUUGGGGGCCGGGAGCGAGACCACAGCAACGACGCUCGAUUGGGCCAUGACGGAAAUGAUGCGGAACCCACAUGUUUUGCGCAAGGCGCAGGCGGAGGUCCGCCAUGCCCUCGCCGCCGGCGGGCAGAGCCGCAUCCGGGAGAAGGCCCUCCCACAGCUGCGCUACCUGCAGCUUGUUAUCAAGGAGACGCUACGGCUGCACAUGGCCGGGCCGCUGCUCCUCCCACGGGAAUGCACAGACCCCUGCCGUGUCCUGGGCUAUGACGUUCCCAAGGGCGCCAUGAUGCUUGUCAACGUGUGGGCGAUCGGUCGGGAUACCGCCAACUGGGGGCCCGACGUCGAGGAAUUCAGGCCGGAGAGGUUUGAGGAGGCCGGCACCGUCGCGCUGGACUUUAGGGGCACAAACUUUGAGUUUCUGCCGUUCGGCGCCAGCCGGAGGAUGUGCCCAGGGUUAACAUUCGGCCUUGCGGUCAUGGAGCUCGCGCUGGCCAGCAUCGUCUUCCAUUUUGACUGGGAGCUACCCCAAGGCACUCCUCCGGUGAAGCUGGACAUGAUAGAGGCAUUCGGCCUCACGGCAAAGAGAAAGACCGAUUUGUGGCUACGUGCCACUCUUCGUGUUCCUAUUCCUAAUCUGUAG